GAAAGGCAGAAUAGGUAGAAAGAGCCGAACAAGGAGAGACUGGUGACAGCCUGAACAGGUGAGUAUUCAGCUGCUUUUUGAAAGAAAAAGAAAACUCUUCCUUUAGUUUCUUCCUCACUUUUAUGCUGCUACCGCUGCUAAUUUAGCCUAUCUUGGGAUCCUGUAUUACCUUUUUCUUAUUCAUGUUUGUCUUCAUUAUUUUUAUUUUAAAUAGUUUUUUCAAUUUCCCCCCUUAUGAUUAAACAGGGUCAUCGAGGUCUCUGGUGUAGUUACACAGACAAACCAGCAGGUGACGCUGUCAAUCUUCCAGUGGAUGGGAUUGACGUCAUUGUUGGGGAAUUUUCAAGAUGGCGUCGGGCUGUGUCAAAAAUGCCGCUGCAGCAACAAGCUGAAGGGGUUUAAUUAAUCUCCCAGCCGGCAGCGAGCUCCGCUUCUCUUUCCAUGGAGGUAUUUUACAGCCAGCGCCCCAGGAUGUCUCGGCAGAACCCAGUGUAGGCCUGCUAUCGGUGUGGUUUCGCCGGCUAGCAUGGUAGCCCCUUCCUCCGAGAACAACAGAAGCUGUUGCUGCGGAGCUCCGAAGCCGGAGGAGGAAUUUACGCCCGGGGCUGACGCACGGAUGGCGGACUGAGUGGCCAUGGAAACCACGAAGGAGAACGGAGAACCGUUUUCUGAUGACUUAAACGAUAACCAAGAAGAAGAAGAGCGAGGAGAGGUAGCAGCGAAACCGGGUCACGGUUCUUACAACGCACUUAAAGACCGGAGCUUAUCGCUACUUGUCGGUGUCAAGGGGGGUCACGGGGCCGGGGGGACCCGGAGUUGUGUUUCCAGAACCGGGAGGAAUGUAAACAAAGACGCCUCCGUACAGCUGCCCUCACACACCCCGGAGAUCAUGUUGGUGGCUGCAGAUAGCUGCCUCUCCGGGCGCCUGGUUGACAGCUGUGUCGUCUCUAGGGGUUGCGGCGGCCUGAACGGAUUUUCUGACUCAUUCAGUCAGGAGGAGCCGCUGGGGGAGGGAGGAGGACUCGGCCUCGCUUCCUGUCCAGCUGUGCUCGGGGAUCUGGAUUGCACAGACCCACAGAUGCAGCAGCGGAUGAAGGAAGAGACCCCGGAGUCCUUUUUCCCGGGAGGAGUCUGCAUCAGGACUUCUACUCCCUGCGAUCAGCAGUCAUGCCCAGGGAAGCUCCAACGGGACUGCGCCCUGCCUGCGGUGGCUUCCUCCGGCCCCCAUGAAAACAUGUCCAACGGAGUAGUUGGCAGGCUGGACUGCGGUAGUCUUGAGGGUUGUGUGGACCUGCUGGCCACCCGCUUUCUGGGUAAGAAUCUCGGUUUGGACUGUGAGGGGGUGAAAGUAGCCAACGGUGGUUUGCACAUUUUUAACAUCGCAGAUGAGUGGCCCGAUUCGGAUAAUUCCCCCGGACACAGCGAGUCUGGAUCGGGGACCUGGCAGGAACAUGAUCCCUGGGGCUUGAAGAGCCAGAACGACUCUAGCGGGCCUUCGGACCUCCUGUGCCCGAGGGAGGGUGCACAAUCUGCAGCUGAUUGCCCUCAUUCCUCCCAUCCCUCCAGGGACUCUCCCAUGCUGGGACCAAGUGCCAAGCCCCCCUCCCCCUGCUCAUCAAGCCCCUCCAAUUUGAACACAAGUGACAGCCCGCUGUCUGAGCCCAACACCCGGGAGAAGGAGUUGAGGGACCUCGGUUUACUCGUCAGGCCGCAGAGUCUCAGGACCAUCCCCAACAUCUCCGUGUCCCUCAGCUGUGACGCCACCCCGCUGUCCCCAGAUAAAGAUGGGGGCUUUUAUUUUGGACAGGAGGGUUGUGAGGAAGACCUGCGAGUCGUGUUGGAGGCCGGUCGUCGGCAGAGCGCCCCGGACACGCUGAGCGAGCAGCCCGGCAGCCCGGACCUCAAGGUGAUGCCGAAGAGGUUCGGCAUCGCUGAGUUCUUCACCAGGAGCCUUUUUUCUAGGAGAUCCAAAGAGCCCAAGGCAGCGCCCCACAAUGCACCAGGAGAAUCUGCCUGCCAAGUCCGUGGAGGAAACCCAGAGACAUAAGCUGGAGUAUGAGGAGAUGGUGGCAGGAGCCAGGAGAAGAGAGAUGAAAGAAGCCCAGAAGAAGAAGCGUCAGAUGAAGGAGAGACACCGACAGGAGGACAUCAUCUCAAAUGCCAUGGUGGUCUGGAACAACGAGAUUCUGCCUCACUGGGACACCAUGAAGGGAACGAGGCGGGUCAGGGAGCUUUGGUGGCAGGGACUUCCUCCUGGAGUCAGAGGACGAGUGUGGAGCCUCGCAAUCAGCAACGAGCUCAACAUCACCCCAGAGCUGUACGAGAUCUUCCUGUCCAGGGCCAAAGAGAAGUGGAGGAGUUACAGCGAGACGAGUUCAGUCAACGACAGCGAGAGCGAUGGAGGAGCUUCUCUGGCUGACAGAGAGUCCAGUCUGGACCUCAUCAAGCUGGACAUUUCCAGAACCUUCCCUUCCCUCUUCAUCUUCCAGAAGGGGGGUCCUUACCAUGACCUGCUCCACAGUGUGCUGGGGGCCUACACCUGCUACCGCCCCGACAUCGGAUAC